UCCGUGGCGGAUGGCGGGCGGUCUCGUUAGGUCUGAGGCUGCAAUGGCUGCACGCUCUUUGAGGCUGCUGACCACAUUGCUGGCGAUUGCCGUCAGUGCUUCCCGGGCCGAGGUCGAGUCCGAGGCGGGAUGGGAUAUGCCUGCGCCUGAUCUGCUCUUCGCGGAGGGGACCGCCGCCUACGCGCGCGGGGACUGGGCAGGGGUGGUCCUGAGCAUGGAACGGGCGCUGCGGUCUAGGGCCGCCCUGCGCGCCCUUCGCCUGCGCUGCCGCACCCGGUGUGCCGCCGACUUCCCGUGGGAGCUGGACCCCGACUCGUCCCCGAGCCUGGCGCAGGUCUCGGGCGCCACCGCCCUACAGGACCUGCGCUUCUUUGGGGGUCUGCUGCGUCGAGCCGCCUGCCUGCGCCGCUGCCUCGGGCCGCCGGCCGCGCACUCGCUCAGCGAGGAGCUGGAGUUGGAGUUCCGCAAGCGGAGCCCCUACAACUACCUGCAGGUCGCCUACUUCAAGAUAAACAAAUUGGAGAAAGCGGUAGCAGCAGCCCACACCUUCUUUGUGGGCAACCCUGAACACAUGGAGAUGCGGCAGAAUCUGGACUAUUACCAAACCAUGUCUGGAGUGAAGGAGGCCGACUUCAAGGAUCUUGAGGCCACGCCCCAUAUGCACGAGUUCCGGCUGGGAGUGCGACUCUACUCGGAGGAGCAGCCGCACGACGCGGUCGCCCACCUGGAGGCGGCGCUGCGGGAGUACUGGGUGGCGGACGCCGAGUGCCGCGCGCUCUGCGAGGGGCCGUACGACUACGACGGCUACAACUACCUGGAGUACAACACGGACCUGUUCCAGGCCAUCGCAGAUCAUUACAUCCAGGUCCUCAGCUGUAAGCAGAACUGCGUCACGGAGCUGGCCUCCCACCCGAGCCGAGAGAAGCCCUUUGAGGACUUCCUCCCGUCACAUUAUAAUUAUCUGCAGUUUGCCUACUAUAACAUUGGGAAUUAUACACAGGCUAUUGAAUGUGCCAAGACCUAUCUCCUCUUCUUCCCCAAUGAUGAGGUGAUGACCCAGAACCUGGCCUACUACACAGCCAUGCUCGGAGAAGAGCCAGCCGGAUCCGUUGGCCCCCGUGAGAGCGCCCGGGAGUACCGACAGCGCAGCCUGCUGGAGAAAGAACUGCUCUUCUUUGCUUACGAUGUCUUCGGAAUCCCCUUCGUGGACCCGGAUUCAUGGACUCCAGAAGAGGUGAUUCCCAAAAGAUUGCAAGAGAAACAAAAGUCUGAACGGGAAACAGCCGUCCGCAUCUCCCAGGAGAUUGGAAACCUCAUGAAGGAGAUUGAGACCCUAGUGGAGGAGAAGACCAAGGAGCCGCUGGAUGUGAGCAGGCUGACCCGGGAAGGUGGCCCACUGCUCUACGAAGGCAUCAGUCUCACCAUGAACUCCAGAGUCUUGAAUGGUUCCCAGAGGGUGGUGAUGGACGGUGUCAUCUCUGAUGACGAGUGCCGGGAGCUGCAGAGACUUACCAACGCGGCAGCAACGUCAGGAGAUGGCUACCGGGGUCAGACCUCCCCACACACCCCCAGUGAGAAGUUCUAUGGAGUCACUGUCUUCAAGGCCCUCAAGCUGGGGCAGGAAGGGAAGGUUCCCCUGCAGAGCGCGCACCUGUACUACAACGUGACCGAGAAGGUGCGGCGGGUCAUGGAGUCCUACUUCCGCCUGGACACACCCCUCUACUUCUCCUACUCACACCUGGUGUGCCGUACCGCCAUCGAAGAGACCCAGACGCACUUGAGGAAGUACCCCCCAUGGCAGCAGGAGAGGUGCAGUGUCUCCAGAGGUGCCCCCGCCUUAAUGCGCCUUACCCCGGCCCCAGAGGCACAGGCUGAGAGGAAGGACAGCAGCCACCCAGUCCACGUGGACAACUGCAUCCUGAAUGCCGAGGCCCUCGUGUGCAUCAAGGAGCCCCCCGCCUAUACCUUCCGGGACUACAGUGCCAUUCUUUACCUAAAUGGAGACUUCGAUGGAGGAACCUUCUAUUUCACUGAACUAGAUGCCAAGACUGUGACAGCAGAAGUGCAGCCCCAGUGCGGGAGGGCCGUGGGAUUCUCCUCAGGCACCGAAAACCCACAUGGAGUGAGGGCUGUCACCAGAGGACAGCGCUGUGCCAUCGCCCUGUGGUUCACGUUGGACGCCCGGCACAGCGAGCGGGACAGGGUGCAGGCGGAUGACCUGGUGAAGAUGCUCUUCAGCCCAGAAGAGAUGGACCUCUCCCAGGAGGGGCCCCCCAAGCCCGUCGAGGAGUCUCUUCCGGGCAGGGAGGCGGCACGCAAGGAUGAGCUCUGACAGCGUCCAGCUCGCUGGGGAUGGGUGGCCAGACCCACCUCGAGGAACUGUCCCACACCCUGGACCAUCCGGCCCCUGGGGGCUGCAGAGCCGCGGGGAAGUUCCGUCUGCUGCCCGGCCAACAGGUCCCUGCUCACAGCCGUCCGCACGGUGCUCCCGCUCCCCAAAGCGGACAUGGCAGGACGGCCUGCUCUCCCCUGGACCUGGCCGAGGGCUCAGGACACAGGACCCGGGCCACCCCUGGGGGCCUGCACAGGCAGCACCUGACAGCAAUACAGUAUUUAAGCGUCUGUGUAGACAACCAAAGAAUAAAUGAUAUGUGGGGUGUUUUUACUCUGUA